GAAAAAAACGAGACACAAACAGAAAAAGAAAUAGUGGUUAACUGCGAAUCGUUGAAAUUCAAGACGGAUCGCUAUCGCAUUUCUUCAAUUAUGUCUGUUUCGCUUUUCAUUCCGCUGCACUAAGCGAUCGCAACACAAAGAGAGAGAGAGAGAGGGAGAGAGGACGACUCCCACUCCAUACGCCCCCGCACACACACAAACACCCUCCCUCUCACCCAUAUUUACUAUGGAUUGUGGUGGUAUUGCGGCACAUCAACAACAACAAUUACAACAGCAACAACUGCACUUACUCCAGCAACAGCUACAACAACAACAACAAGAGCUGCAGCAACAACAACAUAACCUCGAGGAAGCAGCAACAAUAACAAAUAUCAACCUAAGGGGCAUCUUGGUGGGCGGCGCUGCCAGCGGCGCAGGUGUAGUAGGAGCAGCGGCUGGUGGUGGUGGUGCGACGACGACGACGACGACGACCGCCGCUGGCUUCGUGGCUGGUGGGGAUUGCCCCGGUUUGAUUGGCUCCGGUGCUGCCACUGGCGUUAAGCUGCGCAGGCACAGCGACCGUCCCCUGACGCCGGAGGCCAAGCAGCUCUCCCACACAUACCGCAUCUCGAUGGCCAACCUGGAGGACUCGCAGGAGUCGGAGCUGGACCAGAUUCUCGGCGAGCUGAGUCUGCUGGAGGCGCAAAUCAGCUAUGGCGUCGGCGCUCCGCUGCCCGGCGCUCUGCCGGUAGCACCACCACCUGGCGUGGGUUUCGGUGCUCCAUCGCUGGCUUCCAUGUCGGCUGCCUCGUCGCGAUCGCAUUCGCGCACCAACAGCACCAUCUCGGCGGACGUGAGCAGCUGCUCCUCGUCCGGCAUCUCGGAGAACGGACACGGACACGGACUGGGAUUGGGAUUGGGACUGGGAGUGGGUCACAUGGGCGGACCAGUGUCGGCCGGAAUGAUGGUGCAUACGUCGCCGCCGCCGCCGCCGCCACCGUCGCUGCCGGUCGGCAUGACGAUGGGCAUAACGCUGGGCGUUGUCACGCCCCGUGAGCCGCGCACCGAGUCGCCCGACAACGAUUCCGCCUUCAGCGAUACGGUUUCGCUGCUGUCCAGUGAGUCGUCGGCCUCCUCGAACACAUCCCUGCAGCAACAGCAACAACAGCAACAGCAGCAGCAGCAGCAUCAGCAGCAGCAUCAGCAGCAGAAGCAACAACUGGCCAGCUCCGAGAAAUCGAUGAGCCAUGGCCAGCAGAGUGGCGCCAACAGCAUCUCGAAGGCGGCCAAAAUCCAGCUGGCUCUGCACAAGCUCGAAAGCGCCUCCAUCCGACGCCUAUUUGUCAAGGCCUUCACCUCCGACGGUGCAUCCAAGUCGCUGCUGGUGGACGAGCGCAUGGUCUGCGGCCAUGUGACGCGUCUGCUGGCCGACAAGAACCACGUGCUGAUGCAGUCGAACUGGGCGCUGGUCGAGCACCUGGGCGAUCUACAGAUGGAACGUCUCUUUGAGGACCACGAACUGCUGGUGGACAACCUGAUGACGUGGAACUCGGACGCCGGCAACCGCGUGCUCUUCCAGCAGCGGCCGGACAAGGUGGCGCUAUUCGCGCGCCCCGAACUGUACUUGCCGGGACCGCAGAUGGCGCCCGGUUGCCAGCACGACGAGCAGACGCGUCAGAUGCUGCUGGACGAGUUCUUCGACGCGCACCAGCAGCAGCAGCAGCUGCAGCUGGACGGGCCGCUCUACAUGAAGGCGGACCCGAAGAAGGGCUGGAAGCGGUACCACUUUGUCCUGCGCUCCUCGGGCCUCUACUACUUCCCCAAGGAGAAGACCAAGAACACGCGCGACCUGGUCUGCCUCAAUCUCUUCCACGGCCACAACGUGUACACGGGUCUGGGCUGGCGCAAGAAGUGGAAGUCGCCGACGGACUACACGUUCGGUUUCAAGGCGGUGGCCGACUCGUCGCUGGGCAAGGCAUGCCGCUCGCUCAAGAUGCUCUGCGCCGAGGAUCUGCCGACGCUGGACCGCUGGCUGACGGCCAUACGGGUGUGCAAGUACGGCAAGCAGCUGUGGGACAGCCACAAGUCGCUGCUGGAGGACCUGUCCUGUCUCAGUCGCCACGACGAUGCCGUCUCGCAGUCGAGCUUUGCCGCCUCCAUGCGCAGCGAGUCCAUCUCGAGCAUAUCGUCGGCGGUGCCGUCGCAAUGCGGCAGCGUCUCCUCCGCCAUCAGCAGCAUGUCCAACUCGACCAGCGGCCGCACUUCGCGCGCCUCCAGCAGCAGCUCCAGCGGCUGCCUGUCGGACGACAACAAUGGCUUCGACUCUGAGUUCACCACCGGCACCAUCAAGCGUAAGCCCUCGAUGAAGCCCAAUCUGCCGCUGACCACCAUGACGCGCCAGCUGAAGGAGGUGGGCGAGAUUACCAUCUGCGAGGGCGCCAACGGCGGCGGUGGCGGUGGCGGCGAUGCCAGUUCGCCUGAGCGCAGCGGUACACUGACACGCCGUCACAGUCGCCGCAAGUCGCAGGAGAGCAAUGGCAGCGGCACGCUGAAACGACGUCCCAUACCCGUGCCGGUGGCGCUUCCCGCUGCCGUCAAGCAGUCGUUGGAGCCCAUGGGCAGUGCCUCCUCCACCUCGUCCAGCAGCAAUUCCACGCCCACGCCGACGCCCAGCAUCUGUGCCAAGCCACCGCCGGGGGAUCAGGCUGCAACGCAGGCUGCCUCAUUGAUGUGCUCGUCCACGUUGUCCCUGGACUCGCUGCCGCCGCCUCCACCGCCGCCGGCUUUGGAUGGCUCCGAGGAACAGGAUGUGUACGGUUCGCAGCUAUCGCUGGCCUCGCUGCCGCCACCGCCGCCGCCCGAGGAGGUGCUGGCCAUGACAUCCUAUGCGGAUCCGCCCAGCCCGGCCACGCCCACACCCAUGAGCACGCCCAUGGGAUUAGGGAUGGGAAUGACGAUGGGAAUGGGAAUGGGAAUGGGGAUGGGGAUGAUGAUGCCCAACAGCAAUGGUUCAUUGCCGCCGGCGGUGCCGGCCAAACCCAUCAAACCAGCCGUUAAGCAGACGAAUGCGAUUGCGAGUGCGAAUGCGAGUGCCCUUAAGGCAGCACCGCCGUACAAGGCGCCGCCGGAUUAUGUAGGUCCCGCCCUGCUGGCCGGACCGCCGUUGCCGCCGCCGCCACCCGCCCAAAAGAAGGUCUCGUUCGCCGAUUCGCCGGUGCUGUUGCGGCGCAAGAUGUGCUCGCCGGAGCCCGUGCUGCCGCAGCGUUCGCCGAGCACCACGCUCAGCUGCCAUUCCAGCUCCAGUGCGGGAUCGGCCGCUUAUCAGACCUACGCCCCCGGACCGAUGUUGCCGCCACGCGCGGAUCUGGCCCGCCUGUCCAGCCAGAGCAACGGGAGCAGCAGCAGCGCCAACGAGGUGACCUCGCCCAAGCGCCUGCAGGAGUCCGCCUCGAAUCCGCCCCGUGACUUUCUCAAGGAUCUGCAGCGCGUGAUGCGCAAGAAGUGGCAGGUGGCGCAAAAGUGCAAGGCGGAGCCGGCCACAACGCCGCACGAGGUGCUCGGCUUCCGGGACUUUAGCAACGAGGACCUGCUGGCCGCCCACAACCUCAACUCGGGGGCCAACUCAUCGCACUACUACCGCGAGACGGCCAAUGUGAGCCACUGGGUGCAGGAGCACUACGAGUAUGCGCACAACGCGCUCUACGAGAAUGUGCACGCCCAGGCGAGGGGGCGGGCGGCGGCACUGGCGGCGGCACUGGCGGCGCAACUGGCGGCGGCACUGGCGGAGAUGCUGGCACACCUCCGCUGCCGCCGCCGCCGGGUAAUUCGGUGGCCGCCAAGAAGCGUCCACCGCCGCCGCCUCCGAAGCGGAGCGACAAGACCCACCUGACCAAUCGGGUAUAGGAUCAUCAUUCGAUGAGAAGGGUGAAUCCGCUCCACACACACACACACCACCACACACACUUGGGAUCCUCAUUCUCCAAAGGAGGGAAUUUCAUGGAGGAGCACAAAUAUUUACUUGUCUAAAAGAAAGAAAUUCCUACAAAAAGGCGUCAACAGAGCGAAAUGGAGAAAACCACUAAUUAAAACAUACAUUAUGUAUGACUUAUACAUAUAUAUAUUUUCUAAGAAUAUGCUAUGGCCACGCCCACUUCUCUUACACAAGUAUUACGCCUAACAGAGAAUCAAACUGCAGAAUUUUCGUCUAAGUUUAGAGUCAAGUCAAGUCAAAUGUGUCAACAAUUUGUAGCCGUUUCGAAAAACGUUUCAAAUAAUAUUUUCAAUCGGUGCUGGAUAUAAACAGAAAUCCGAUCUUGAUCUUAUACAUUGGCAAAAUAAAGUUUUAAUUAAGCGGGAUUUUGAACUUUGUAGUUUUAAACAAAUUUUAACAUUGAGCAUUAAAACUAAUAAUAGUUUUGGAUUGACACUUUUGACCUGGUUUGAUUCUUCAAUCAGAUUUUGAUGCAUUUCGAAAGUCGAGAUAUUGUUGGGUUAAUAGUAACCAACAUACAACACAAAAGCAACAUGCAAAAUGCAAAAAGGAAUUUUGCAUUAGUGAAAAUAUUUAAGCUAAAUUUUAGUUUGUAAAAAGAACAGAAAUAAUGCAUUUUAAAAACGAUUGUGCAUUAUUUAAAACACUAAAUUAGCGUCAGAUAAGUGUACAAUGUGUUUAUAUAUGCAUGCACUUUUUUUUAAUUGUUUAGUUGCUCUUAGUAUUGAUUUUAUAAUUUUUUUUCUCUCGAUAAUCUCUGUAACGUUAGUGAACGUUUUGUAAGCGCAUGAAAUGCGCUGCGCUAGAAAAGGAAAUGCCUUAUAAAGCAUAUAAACCUAAAUAAGGGGAAGCCCUGCAUAUACACCUAAUAUAUAGUAAUGCAUGUUGAUCUAUCCAAAUUAUUUGCUGUUCAAAGCGAUAUUAUACACUUUAUUUGAAAAAUGUAAUACCACAUUGAUUGUUCAGUUAAAAUAACCAAAUGCUUAGUUUUCAAAAUGUCUGUCAAGUUCCUCAAUAGAAUACAAAUUUAUAAUUCUCUUUGUACUUAUUAACAAACCACAGAUAAAAUAGGCAGAUCAGCUAUAAAACACACUUUGUAUGUGCAAAUCAAACUAUUUAUAUUAAAGGCAAUAAGGGAACAUUUAAUUAUUUCUGUACACAAAUCAAAUAUGUAAUUCAUCUAGUAACUGUAAUAAUAUAUAAAUUAAUUAUUUGCUAAAUUUCGCUUACGAAUUGUGUUUCUCAACGUAUAAUUUUUGAAGCGUUCCUAUAGGUUCAAUUUUUAUAUGCAUAUAAUAAAUGAGUUUAGUGGAAGCUAUAAUUUUUUUUUUUUGGGAUAUAUUUUUCCCUGCUGUGCGAACUAAUCAAACUAAAUUUCGUGCAGAAUAGCUUUCAAUUCUAGAUGAUCGAUUGCCAAUCGAUAAAAAUAUAUUUUGCAAUCUUUAAGUGACCCACUUAUCAACGGUUUAUCGUUUUUAUCGAUUAUAUAUUGAUCAAAUUUGUAAUUGUUUUUGUGUAGUAACUUGUUUGCCAUUUGUUUUGUAUGUAUGUUUGUGUACAGCCAGAGACAGCCAUAUAUAUAAAUAUAAGCGUAUAUACGUGCCUGUAUAUCGUAACCGGUUCGCCAAUAACUUCAGUUUAAAAGUGUGAAAACUGAAACAUCUUAUCAAAAACUAUUCGGAUUGUAUACUUUCGAUCCUAUGGUCCCGACACACUCUGUAUAAAGGCAUAGCUAUAUAGUUCUAUAUGAAGUUUUGUUACGUUUAAGCGGCGUGUGUGCUGCGCAAUCGAAUAAUGAUCGAAUCACUCGACUCAAACUUCGCCUUCUCUCUCCAGCCAUCCUAGAAGUGUUCAGACUCCAAUCCCAAAAGAUCCCGCAUCAGCUAAAUAAGCCUGCUUUUUUCUCAUCCUAUGUCCUAUAUAAAUAUAUGAAACUUUCGUUUUGAAUACAAGAAUCAAGAAGCAUUGGGUUUAUUAUGGUAAAUUUGCAUUUUACUUUCCUACGUAUACAAAACUAAAGGGUAUUAUGCAUAUAGAUCUAGAUAUAAACAUACUUAAAUAAAGGAAAUGCCAAUUUUUUAAAGCUUGAAUUUAUAUGAAGAUAUUUUUUAGAAACUAUACGCUAUAUAUAUAUCUAUAUAUAUAUAUAUGGUAGGAACACAAGGAUGUGCCAUAGGCGCCGUCGUCGUGUCAAAACAACAACAAACAACAAAAAAUAAGAAAGAAAAACCUGCAACAUUUUUUGCUAAAUAAAUGUAACAAAAUCUAAAUGAACCUAGUCAUUAAGUCCAUGAUAACAAAAAUAAAAACUUAAAUUAAAAGCUAAAUAAAUUCAUAUUUAAAUGGCAUGCAUAUAUACAUAUGUAAUUAAACGCAAUGGAAAGUGAAAUUUAGAAACUUACUCAAUGCUUUUACUACAAAAACCAUUUUAAAUAUAAUUUGUUUGCCAUCUUACAUAUAAUUUGUGUGUAUUUUUUUUUGUUGUUUCCGUUCGUUUGCUUAAAUAUUUCAAUUGCAAUGUAUAAACAAUUAAGUAAUGAAGAGAAAUAAAUCAAGGUUCAACUAAAAGAACAAGAAAUCAAACACAAAACAGAAUCCUAAUUAUAUAAAGUAAGGAAAACUCAAAUUACAGCCCUAGCUAAAACUAAAAGAAAAGACUACAGCUGAAGGAAAGCAAAAUAAGUAAGUUCAUUACUAUAUCGCCAACACAUUCAGACAUCAUUCAUAUGCAUUAACUACAAAUUUACAAAUACAGCAACCGAAAACUAAAACAUCUAACUAAUGAAAUCAAAGAAAAAUUCAAUUUUUUAAAAUAAACACCAGAAAUUCUUUGCAGGGCUAUUAUAUAAUAAACAAUGUUGCCAUUUGAUACCAUUUUUUCCACAAAUAAAAACACAUUUGAUAUAAAAAUAUAUAUGACUAUAUAUACCUUAUAUUCCGAAUCAAAUGGAAUUUUUUGUAAUUUUGAUAGAAACAUUCAAAACAUAUUAAAAACGAAAAAGAACAAACAAAAACUGUGCGAAUGAAACGUGUUACGAAAACUAUGAGAAAUAAAUGCGAGAAAUGCCUAAGAAAAA